UGAGCGCCCGCCCGCCGCCCCGGGAAGCGCCGGCGGCGUCUCCUCCACGGGAACGACCGCGCUCUAUCCCCGACUCGCCGGCCGCUCCGCCCGCCGCGUGGAGGUGUUCUUGGAAAACGUGCUGGCACUUUGGAGCUGAGAAGGGACAUGAGGAGUAAAAGGACCCCGGAUCUCACUGGUCAGAAUGAAACAGAUGUUGAAAGAUUUUUCAAAUCUGUUGUUAGUAGUGCUCUGUGACUACGUUCUUGGCGAAGUGGAGUAUCUCCUGUUGGAGCACCCGGAUCAUGUAGCCUUCAGCAACGACACAGUGUCUGUGGAAUAUCAGUACUACAGUGGUGGUAAUGUGACAGCAGAGCAUGUGUCCAUCCUUUUGCUGGAUGCCAGCACCAGUGAGAUAAUUGCAAGAAAACAGCUUCCAGCAAAUCAGUCCCAGGGGACGGUGGUGUUUGAGUGUUACCAUUUCAAGAGUGCUGGUGAUUUCUUGUUCAGAAUGGUCUCUCCCAGUGACAACAGCAGUGCUGCCCAGUGGAGCAGUAGCAGCAUGUCCACCCUCCGUGUGGAAUGGCCUGUAUUUCACAUUGAUUUGAACAGGAGUUCAGAGGUGCUUGGGAACUCCCUUAAGGUUGGACUUUUUACAAAUGAGCAGUUAUGUGCCAUGAACAAGACUGUGAUUUCACUGGAUGUAAUAUUCACCAGCACCCUUUAUGAAUUCAGAAGAGUAAGCUCUGAUGAAACUCUGGGCAUUAGAACUAGGAAGGGAAUCCCCCUGUCUAGGUCCCAGUGGGUAGAGUUUGAUUGCCCACCCAUUGGUCAAGAAAUAUAUAUCACUGUGUUACUGAAAUCAUUAGAAACACAUUCCAUCAUCGCCUCCAUAGGACCUGUAGAUCUCCUUCACAAAUUUGGAUACAGACUGGUUGUGGCAGCAGAAGACACAUGCAAAACUUUGGUUCAGGUCUUCGUAAUCUCUCCACCGUGCACUUCUAUCAAUGGAAAAAUCGUUGUUUAUAAAGAGGCUCUCAAGCAUCCGAGUCAAAGAACAACUUGGCUGUAUGAAAACAUCCUUCACCCAGGAGACAACAGAACAGAAUUUAACUGCACUUUGUUUGAUGUGGGGAAGAACAAAUACUGCUUUGACCUCCUCCACUUCUCAAACCGAAGCUAUUUUCCAGCAAGAGUUAAGGAGUGUAUUCUGAUCCAAAGGAAUAUAGAAACGUGGAGCCGGUGGCAGCCCUGGAGCCCGUGCAGUGUCACCUGUGGGGACGGCAUCCGGGAGCGCUUCCGAGAGUGCCUCACCUCCUCGCCGGCAAAACCAGGCUGCGCUGGAUCGCCAAGGGAGACUUCCCUGUGCUCGCUGGAGGAGUGUGUGUCUGUCCAGCCUCCCACCCCACCAUCUGUUCAGCCAGGAGAGGACCAGAAAGCAAAUAAUAUAGUUACCAUCACAGGUAUCUCACUAUGUUUGUUCAUCAUCUUUGCCACUGUUCUUAUCACCCUCUGGAGGAAGCUCUGCAGAGCUCAGAAAUGCAGCACCGCUGUCCGACGGAACUCUGUCCAUUCCCCUGGCUUCCGGAAAAACUCUGACGAGGAGAACAUCUGCCAAGGCAACAAGCAACGGGACAGCUUUGCUGAAGGGGGAGACGCCCCUGUCAACAUUCCCCUAACUUACAGGCGAAGCCUCCAAUUUGCCCAAGAAGAUGAUGCCUCUGGAAGUGAAAACUUUCAGCCAAAUGCCCAAAAAAUAAUCCCUCCAAUUUUCAGCUACCGCCUGGCACAGCAGCAGCUGAAAGAGAUGAAGAAGAAAGGCCUGACGGAGACCACUAAGGUGUACCACGUCUCUCAGAAUCCUCUCACGGACACGGUUCUUGGUGCCACCACGAUGCUUCCCCUGAGCGGGGAAAACCAAGAGGAGGCAGCAGCAAACAAAUUUCGGAUCAAAUCUCCAUUUCUGGAACAGCCAGCCAGUCAGCCCAAGUUCCUGGGAGAAGGCUCUCACCCUAGGCUGGAUUUUCCAUUCUCACAGGCCAAUCCUGCAAUGAGCCCUACCCAAACCUUGGUCAGAAGAGGUCAUUUCAAGCACCAGGAUAACAGGGUGGACUUGCCUGAGAGGGGCUGUCAUAGAAACUCACAGUUCAGAAGAACAGCUAGUUUCCAUGAAACUAAAAAGGCCAGGCCUUUCAGAGAGAGAAGCAUGUCCACUCUCACACCCCGACAGACUCCUCUCUACAACUCCAGGACCAGGACAUGGGACCAGGGUCUGGAGGGCAGGAUACGGCCAAAAUCAAGAAAUACUAAUCCAGCUUGUGAAAAGCUGGAUCAGCCCCACAGCACUGUGCUGGCAUGUGAACCACAGGGCCAUGGCACAAAGACCCACCACAGGGCAGGGCCCCCGGUGAGGAAGCUGGACCUGAUCACGGACCGCCAGCCUGCUGGUCAGGAGAAAGCAGCUGAGAAGCCUGAGCCCAGCCGAAGUAAGAGGGGCCCUUCACCUAACCCCAAAGGUGUGUGGCGGAAAGAAACAGGCCCAAAUGGCAAAGAUAAUUCCCAGAGAGGCCUAAGUGUCAGCCCUGCCCAGUAUCGAAGGGACAAGUGCCAGAGCUUCCCGUUGGACCCUGAGUUUGCCUUUUAUGACAAUUCUACUUUUGGCUUAACGGAGGCAGAGCAGCAGAUGAUCGACCUCCCUGGGUAUUUUGGCUCAAAUGAAGAGGAUGAAACAAGUACUCUGAGCAUUGAGAAGCUGGUGAUCUGAGUGACUCAUUGCGGCGCUGCAGGAGUGGUGUGCGUGGGAGAGGAUCUGCAGGAUUGGUUGGCUUCUGGUGGAAGAAAGAGCAGGAAUCAUGUUACUUCCACACACAGCAGGAGGGAAUAAUGCCCUGGGUCUGGCUUGUAGGAACAUACUCCUUUCAAAUUACUGAAAAGUGCUUUCAUAUAAUUUUUUUUUUGUAUGUGUGUACGAGACACACAAAGUACCCUGGGAAAGAAUGUGUUAGGUAAGGUGUGGCACAGGAAUAGCCAAUAGAUUUUAUUGUGUAAAGCAGUCAUGUUUUGUGCAUCAUACCUGGUGAGUGCCACUGACAUUUCCCACCUUGUGCACUGUGUACUGGUAGACUGUGAGAUACUGAUGCAUCCACUGUCCAGCACCCUCAACUAUCUGCCCUGGUUAGUGAAUCAUUUCUCAUCUAGAAAACACAAAGCUCAAGCUGUGGGAAGUUUUCAUCAUUUUUCUGAUAGUGAUCAGUGAACUGUGUUGAUUUGUCAUUGUUGCUCAGAUAACUGAGCAACAAUUUGUCAUUGUUGCUCAUAUGGUGGGGAGUUUUUAGCUGGUUGCAUCAAAGUGCAAACAACUGAUGCUGAAUACUGGGUGAAUUUAAAAUUGAGGAGGCAUUUUCAUCAUUCAAGACUUUGAUAUUUUCUUACUGUCAAUGUUUAUAUCAAGAAAACAAUAGACAAAUAUUUGCAGGAAAUUAGUACAAAAGGCAUGCUACAGGGAGG